AUGGUGACCCCUCUUUAUGGUUUCACGGGCAAUGAAGUACAACUACUCGGCCAGAUAAAACUGACCGUUUCCUUAGGGGAGAAGCCCCUAAUGAGAACCAGGAGAUCCUAUUUCAUGGUGGUGGAUGCGCCUUCUGCAUAUAACGUUAUACUGGGUCGGCCGACCUUGAACGAGUUUCGGGCGAUCGUUUCUACUUUUUGCCAGAAGGUGAAGUUCCCUGUUGAUGAUCAAGUGGGGGAAGUCCGUGGAGAUCAAUUACUCGCACAGAAAUGCUAUGUGGAGAUCAUUCGAACAGAGGCUAAUGUCGCCCGCAAAGCUCAGAGGAUGGAAGUUAAUGCUAUCCAGGAGAAACCACCCAAUUUGAUAUAUGAAGAAAAGGAGGAAGUACAAAUACAGGCGGGUGACCAGAAGCUGCUUGUCAAGCAAAAGAAAAGAGACUUUGGAGCCGACCAGAACAAGAUCAUCAAGGAAGAAGUGGAUAAGCUACUGGAGGCGGGAUAUAUUCGGGAGGUACAAUAUCCUAACUGGUUGGCCAAUGUCGUCCUGGUACCUAAACCAGGAAAUAAGUGGAGAGUGUGUAUUGACUUCCAGGACCUUAACAAGGCUUGCCCAAAAGAUUACUAUCCUUUGUCUCGCAUUGAUCAAGUGGUGGACUCUACCGCCGGAUGCGAGUACAUUUGUAUGCUGGAUGCCUACCAGGGCUAUCAUCAAGUACCUCUCGCUAAAGACUACCAGGAAAAGGUUGUUGAUUUGUGCAGAGAUAUAGAGGAGACAUGUCGAACCUUAAGACAGUAUGGACGCAAGCUCAAUCCUGGCAAGUGCUUGUUUGGAGCCAGAAGUGGCAAGUUCCUGGGCUAUAUGGAGAUAGAGCGAGGGAUAGAAGCAAAUCCCAAUAAAGUUCGAAAUCAAUUCGGUGGAGGACCGCAUGAUGAUCCAAACCACCACUUGGAACUUUUCUACGAGAUAUGCGGCUCCAUGAAAGUGAACGAAUUUCCUCCAGAAUCAGUAAGGUUAUUGCUCUUUGGAUUCUCCCUGAAAGACAGAGCCAAGCAAUGA